UCCUAAAUCAUCCAAUUGGUAUCUUUUGUUCGAUGCGGCUGUUUCAUCUUCCCUUCCCAUCCCCAACAUUCCUUCCCACCAAAUUUCCCCUUCAAAUCCAUCUCUUUCAUAAUCCGCAAACCCUUCACAAUCUCAGAUUCCCUUCUCUUCACUCCACCACUCUCAUCUCCUUCGCCGCUGCUCUCACAUCACCUCGUCGCGCCGCCCUUGCCGGUGGCAAUGGAAGUAACCAAUCCUUCGAUGAAGACCUUUCCCGCCUCCUCGUUCUUCUUCCGGACGAGAUGCGCACGCGGAUUCAGGACCAUCCCGAUCUCCGCCACCUCGUCGAGAUCGUCAUGGAUCUCGGUCGCCGCCCUUUUGCGCGGUUCCCUUCCGGAGACUUUGUGCUCGCAGAUCGGUCCAUUACUGUUGAAGAUAUACAACAUGCCGCUUCCCAAGUAGGCGAUUUCGCGGCGGAUAACCGGGCGGGGAUCUGCCAUACGCUGCAUAGGAUUAGUGCUAUCAGGAAUCGUAAGGGUGAGAUCAUUGGGCUCACUUGCCGCGUUGGGAGAGCUGUCUCUGGAAGUGCCAAUUUGUUGAGGGAUUUGGUGAAGGAUGGGGGAUCAUUGCUUCUCAUCGGGCCUCCUGGAGUGGGCAAGACAACGAUCAUCAGAGAGAUAGCUCGGAUGCUUGCAGAUGACUUUAAGAAACGAGUAAUGAUUGUAGACACCUCUAAUGAGAUAGGCGGAGAUGGUGAUGUUCCCCAUCCUGGAAUAGGCAGUGCUCGAAGAUUACAAGUACCAAAUUCUGACAUGCAGCACAAGGUAUUGAUUGAAGCUGUUGAAAAUCACAUGCCCCAAGUAAUCGUAAUUGAUGAAAUUGGCACAAAGCUCGAAGCAUUGGCUGCUAGUACCAUUGCACAGCGUGGUAUCCAGCUUGUUGCAAGUGCUCAUGGGGUGACAAUUGAGAAUCUCAUUAUGAAUCCAUCAUUAAAUAUCCUUGUUGGAGGAGUGCAGAGUGUCACCUUAGGCGAUGAAGAGGCUAAUCGAAGGGGUGUUAAAAAGACAAUUUUAGAACGGAAAGGACCUUCAACUUUUACAUGCGGUGCAGAGAUCAUCUCCAAGAUUGAAAUGCGGGUCCAUUGCAGCUUGGAGAGAACAGUUGAUGCACUUCUUGCAGGGCGUUACCCUUAUUAUGAAGUUCGCAAGAUGGACUUAGAGAAAUCUACAGAAGAAAUUCUGUCCACGCAGAAGCACUCUCUGGAUGAUAAUGUUGGUGCUUAUGAUGAUGAAAUCAUCUAUAAUCCUAUCAGCAAUAGUAGAUCAAGUGACAGUAAAGGGAAUUUAUUGGAAUCUCUUGAACCUAAAGUAGGCUUUCACUUAUUCGUUUAUGGGAUUACAGAGACGAGCAUUCUUCAAGCAAUCAAACAGCUGGAAAUGGAAGAAACUAUCGUUCUCACUGAUAACAUCAGCAAAGCAGACGCAGUAUUAGGCCUACAUUCCAAGCUGAAGAAUAACUCUCAAAUUCAGACUCUUGCCAGAUCUUAUGACAUUCCCAUCUAUGUGACUAAGAAAAAUGCUUUGAUUCAGAUAACAAAGGCUAUUCAGGCACUUAUUAAUGACCAUUUCCAAGCAGCCACAGUCUUUGACGCAAAAGCUCAAGUCAGUUUAUCAGAGAAGACUGAUGCUUUAGAGGAGGCAAGACUGGCCAUUGAACAGGAAGUUAUUUCUACUGGAAAGGCAGUGCAGCUCCUCUCAAGACCAACCCAGAUCCUUUCGGCUCAGAUUAAGCUAAUUGAAGGAUACAAACUUAAAUGGGAGAAAAUAGGUCAGGAGCCCAAUAUUUCCAUUCGAGUACUUCCCGAUCAUCUGGAAAGCAGAAAUAAAAGCCCGACGGAGGAAGACGAGGAGACGAUGAACAUAUUUGAUGAUCUGAGCAGCACAGGCGAAGCCAUUGUUUCAGAAAAUGGCGUUACUCGAUUGCCUUUACUACCUGACUAGUUCACACUAUUGUUUAUCACAGUGAUUCUUCCAUUGAUCCUCAUCUCUACUGCUUCCUCCAAUGUAGAUACCUGAGGUGUAGAAUCCUGAACUGUUUAACCUUUAGGUUUUGUUUGGGACGGCUUUCUUACUGCUUCUUAAAACACCUUUUUAAUACAAAAAUUACUCUUACAUAA